AUGGGGUCGGGGCGCGGGGGGCGGCUGGGCGCCGUGGCGGUGCUGUGCGCGGCGGCGGUGCUGUGUCACUGGGGCAGCGGCAGCGUCCUCCGCCGCCGGCUCCACGCGGGGUUCGCGCAGCGGCGGCUGAGCGGCGGGGAGCGGCGGGACGUGCAGCGCGAGAUCCUGGCCGUGCUGGGGCUGCCGGGACGGCCCCGACCGCGCGCCCCCGCCGCCUCUCGCGCCCCCGCCGCCGCCGCUCCGCUCUUCAUGCUCGAUCUGUACCACGCCGUGGCUGGAGAGGAGGACGAGGAGGAGGACGCGGUGUCCCGGCCGGUGCUCACCGGGCUCAGCACGCAGAGCCCCCCGCCCGGCAGCGUGGUCAGCAGAGCCGACACCGUGGUCAGCCUCGUGAACAUGGUGGAGCAGGACCGGGACACCUCCUCCCCAAAGCCCUAUUGGAAGGAGUUCCGCUUCGACCUGGCUCAGGUGCCCACGGGGGAGUCGGUGACGGCCGCCGAGUUCCGCAUCUACAAAGCGCGGGGCGUCAGCCGGCACAGCAACAGCUCCCUGCGGGUCAGCAUCUACGAGAUCGCCGCCGAGCACGCCAACAGGGAGUCCGACCUGUUCCUGCUGGACGCGCAGCAGCUGCGUGCGGGCACCGAGGGCUGGCUGGUGUUCGACGUCACGGCCGCCAGCAGCCACUGGCUGGUGGAACGCAAGUACAACCUGGGCCUGCGGCUCUACGUGGAGACAGACAAUGGGCUCAGCGUGGAGCCGGGCUCCGUGGGGCUGUUGGGCCGCCGUGGGCCCCGCUCCAAGCAGCCCUUCAUGGUGACGUUCUUCAGGGCGAGCAGCAGCCCCGUGCGCGCAGCGCGGGCGGCCAGAGCACCACGCAGGAGGCAGCCCAAGAAGAGCAACGACCUCCCACACCCCAACAAGCUGCCGGGGAUCUUUGACGAUGUCCACGCUGCCGAUGGGCGGCAGGUCUGCCGGAGACACGAGCUCUAUGUCAGCUUCCAGGACCUGGGCUGGUUGGACUGGGUGAUCGCCCCCCAGGGCUACUCAGCCUACUACUGCGAGGGGGAGUGCGCCUUCCCGCUGGACUCCUGCAUGAACGCCACCAACCACGCCAUCCUGCAGUCCCUGGUCCACCUGAUGAAGCCCGAGGCCGUGCCCAAGGCAUGCUGUGCCCCCACCAAGCUCAGUGCCACCUCUGUCCUGUACUACGACAGCAACAACAACGUGAUCCUCAAGAAGCACCGCAACAUGGUGGUGAAGUCCUGCGGCUGCCACUGAGCACCCGGUGGUGGGGGGGGAGAUGGGGCACCUCGUGUGCGUGGGGGGGGUUCACCAGGGCUGCCCACCCAAUCUGACACCACCCCAUCCACCCAGCCCUUCCCAGACGUAGAUGUAAAUAAUAUAAAACUUCCCUUCUCUCACCACACAUAAUGAGAAACAUCCAUGCUAUACAUGCAUAGAUAUAAAUAUAUAGGAGAGGAAGAGGAUUUGUGGUCGGUGACGUGGGGCCGUGGCGGAUGUGCGGUGCCCGGGGUGAGGCCGGGUGGCUCCAGGGACAGCUGGGCUCCAAGCUGGGCAUUCAGUUCCCUGCACAAAAACCCUCUGAGCCAAUGAAGCAGCGGCUGACUAACACGCUCCUGUUUGCUUAGAGUUCACAGAACGCUGCCAAGGGGGAAAAAAAUAAUACAUACUGAGCUACAACACUGUUAGAAAAUAAAUGCCUACUUUGGAAAGUAAACACGGCGUUUCUCCUGCUGUUUCUUCAUAAAUGUCACAGCACAACAACGUUCUGUUCCAC